UCUUCCCCCGCAAGGGCCGCUUUGGUCACGUCCUACCGCGAGCUGGAUCUACUCCCCUCAAAGCUGGAAGAAAUUCUGACCUCGCGGGCUGCAAAACCAAGGGCGAGGUUCUUCUCCGCGCCCUCCUCGUCUUCGUUGACGCCCGCUGCAUCACCGUUGACGUUAGGGAGCGUUCUACCAAGCGCGUCCAUCGGGCUGCUUCUGCUGCCUUCCCCCUUUCAACUCCCCUUCCCUAGCGCUGUGCGAUUGUGUCCUCGCUGAGACAGUUCCUUCACUGCACGUGCUCCCCCUUUCCGUUCCCAAUGUCCUCCCCUCACAGCUACUAGUUAGGCAGAUGGAGAGAAGGGUAGUGUCUCGCCCCUUUUCCCUUUGUGCCCUACUUGAGUAGUAUCGGCGCAUAUUUGUUUUGAGCAGCACACAGUGUCGCCUCCGAGAGUAACGGGAAAACCGUACGACUGCGCGUGCGGCGCUCAGCGGCGGCGUGCCUACUCGCACUGCGUUGAGGGAAUUGCACACCACAAGGCUGAAGGACUGGCUCAGCGGGCCGACGCAUCAUGUGGGGCACGUCGUCUGCUGUACACACACUUGAUGUCAGACGUGGCAGCGAUGGUGCUAGAAGGCGCCGCCGUUACCUGUACCCCGAAUGCACCAAGAAUGAUGGCCGCAGAUGUCUGCUUCUGCAGCACCGACGUGACAUCAACGAGAUUCUUAUUCACGCUGGCCUGGAGCUACGGGAAGACAUCCGCGGCAGAAGCAGCGGCGACGCCCGACUAGCAGUCGCUGAGACACUCGAGUGCCUGUGCUCUGAGUGCAAUCAAAUGCCACACCGCCGCCAAAGACAAGCGAUGGAACUCGCCGAAGACGUGCUCUCGGAGCACCACUGCAUCACCGCCGUGGACUUGACCCGGUUCGUUGUGCAGCGUCCUUCGCUGCUCGAGGCGCUUGAACGUAAAGGCACUGUAAGAAGUGUGACUGUCUUUGCGAAGGACCUUGACGAGACCUACUUUGACAAUGCCAAACUUGUCUACAUUCUCCACCUGGCCGACCAGCUGAUCUUCACGAAUCCAGACUGGAAUAGAACAAGCGAAUCGACGUGUCCGGUCCACGGCCGUAUGGUCACACUGCACACGCGCGACCUCACCACCCUCGACAUUGGUCACGUGCUUUUGCAUUUAUCCGAGGCCCGUACAUUCAUCCGCGAGCUUUGGCGAAACAAAACCAUUGCCGAUCUCACCGUCGGUAUAUGUGUUAUUGGUUUCUGCAGUAGAGAAUUUGCCGCCUACCUCGCCAAGCCAGACGGCACGCUUAAGAAGCUCACGUACAGGAUAAAAGCAAGCGAAAAUGAGAAUCACUCUCUCAUGGAAGAGGCAAUUCAGAUCCAGAUCGAUGCAAUAUGCAGGAUGGCAACUCUGGAGGAACUGACAUUUGACUUCGUGAAAACGUUCCCAGAGAACACAAGUGACACGGCCAGGUACGCAAAAUUGGUCUCCCUCAGUCCCAGCUUGCGACGCCUCUGGCUGUCUAGCAGGUCCAACUGCCACCGGGAGCAAACUGCACCACCCAAUGACGCCGCUCAGUGCAUGGAACCGUGGCUCGCAGCUCUGCGAAAGAACUCGAAACUGAACGAGCUCCGCAUCGACCUGUGGUGCUUUGGCGAAACAGAGUGCCGCGCUUUCUUUGAAGCAGUCGCCGACAACGCCACCCUGCGAUCUGUGGUCGUCCAUCAUUUGCCGAUGACAGGUAGGCUCGACGUAAUGUGCAAAAUGAUCCGGGAGCUCGGACUGAGCGAUCGAGUCGUCGUUGAGGACCAAUACUACAUCUACCAGGACGUGAACUCCCUUCUGGAUUGCCCCGAAAUUACAGGUGUAACCUUGACUGGCCAAAUCCCAGAAGAGUUACCCCACUUCAUGAGUGUAGGCGCAGCGUUGGACGCUCUCAGUCGUGUCAUUCACCCGAUCUCGCUUAGAAUGACCUGCGACUGGUUCUGUCGAUCCACGUUCGACGACUUGGCGGCAUGCAUACGGCGCCGGUCCGCGCAUACGGACAUUGAGUUGGACAUGCACAGUUGGUGGCUCACAGAGAGUGACGGUCAGCGUGAAUAUAUUCUAAGUGGAUUGUUUCGUGCUCUGGCAUCCAACCCGAAACUCACCAGAAUAAGCAUCCAUGGACUGCCGGCGCUGGGCAAUAACUGUUUGAAAGAGUUCGCGGAGGGCCUUCGCAAGAAUCGAAAUCGAAACCUUAUUCAAGUCCACAUAGUGCCGGCCUGCGGUUACGACAUCAGAGGGUAUAAGCUUGGGUACGCUAUGGCUCGGAGACUGAAGGAAGCGGCCAAAUUCGGCAAUAUCGUUCUGGCGGCCAUACAGGAAACGGUGAGAAAGAAUGCAAACCGUGUCUCGGCAGCGGCCGACUUCGUUCAGCACUGGCAAUACAGCGACUACGGUGUACGAUACAUCGAAGCAGUGCACGAUCAUCCCUACCUCCUGGAACUUGUGCGGGAUGGUGCAGCGGUUUCCAACGGCCAAGCGAAGGCUAUGAUCAGGGAAGCCUUGCAGCAAAUACGAUGGUGCGGCCUCGACGAGUUCAUGAGGCUGGCCGGAGUGGUCAGAUUGAAGGUCGAGUGCAUCGGUCGUCGCCGCAACAGGGUUCAGCUCACCGACAUCGGGGAGCACUGCUGGCGGCAGAUCCGCCAAUACCUGAAACUCUGCGAUGUCGUAAGAGUCUGAGAACACCCGACUUGCAGUUACCAUCGGUGAAAGAUCCGGGAAUAACGUGAGAAUAAUUCGAGACUGUCCACUGCCACUUUGUAUACAGCGGCUGUAGCCAGGUACGAAAACGUUUCGGGCAACGGCGGUUCCGGUCGGGCCAGAAAUAUCACUGUCACCUAUAGGAUCCCACCGAAUCUGGACGCGGUGAUGGUGCUUCUGGUCUCCGCCCACUGACCUGUUCCAGCGUGCUGUUGACAGGCACCAGUCGAAAAAGCAGACUGCGCCAUCGGCAUGUUUUGAGCCAACGUCUUGUACAGCUAGUGCCCAGAGCUGCGGACAGGCCUGCACUGCCAGCGAUUCGACCAAUCAUGGAGGAGUCCUACCAUUUAUUACACUCCAGUGGCAUAGCAAGAGAGGGGGGGGGGGGGGGGGCUCGCAGGGUCGUGUCCCCCCCCCCCUGAAAUUGUUGUUAGAGUGCGGCCCUGCCCAACUGCUUUCUCACCAUUCCCACCCUCGGUCAAAUGCAGAGUCAGUAUGUGCCGUGAAAUGCGCUGCAUCGUGUCGGCGCAUCCCGUUUCCUGAUUGGGCACUGAUUAGGAAAGUUGCGACUAUAACAACUGCCUGAUGACCGUUCAUCGUCCUAUGUAAAUAUAAUAUCUUGAGAGAGAGAGAUAAAUGAGAUGCGAAAGGCAGGGAGGUUAACCGGAAGGUAAAUAUCCAGUUUGCUACCCUACACUGGGGAAGGGGUAAGGGGAGACGGAAAGAUAAAGAAAAAUGCACACACCUAGAGAGGGAGAUAAAAAAAAGAAAAAAACACACACACACACAAAGGAACUCAGGAGCGUCACAGUCGUUCAAACAGGUCGCUUGACCGGAGGAACUUCAGUAGCGCCCUCGUCGCCUUCUGCUGUGAAGACCGUAUCAGUCGGCAUUCUAAAAUCGUCUGCUCAGAAAGCGGCCGGUCGUCGAGGCGUGCCAACUCCGUUACGAGCGACUGUCUCUGGGAGCUGUAGCAGGGACAAUGACACAGGAUAUGUUGGAGUGUUUCCUCGCUGCCGCAAGUAUCACAGGCAGCACUGUCGGCCAUUCCGAUGCGACAAGCAAAAGCAUUCGUAAAGGAUACUCCAAGCCACAGUCGGCAGAGAGCAGUUGUCUCGAUUCGAGGAAGUCCAGAUGGAAUGCGUAGUCGGAGGGAUGGGUCCAGGCGGUGCAGUCGAGUAUGUUGGAAACCAGGUGUGUUCCACAUGGCUCGUGUGGAAUCACGCGCGAUUAUGCGAAGCUUUGUUACUGCAUUGGCUCUUGAUAGCGGGAUAAUAUCUUGACGUUCAGCUGACAUCUACCGGUAACAGGUUCGCGAACCCGCGGCCCCAGGUUAGCAAAAUGGACAAAGAUCGCUGAGACUCAUUUACAGAAUAUAUUUGUUGCUUGUGGCUCACUCGGGCUUGCCGAAAUUCUACCCAGCCAGAUUCACUCGGGCUCACUCACCAGCUUCAUACUCAGGCAAGCCCACCUGAACUCGGGGACUCAAGCUCAAACUCGUCACACUCAUACUAACAACAUGGGCUCAUACUCCACUUAAACUCAUAGAAUCUACCGCUUACUUGAUUCGAAAUCGCAGGUUUACAACUCGUCUAAAGUAUAAAUGCACCUCAAGGCUCGAUGAUUCAUAAGCAAGAUUAGAGCUCCGUUCAGUCACGUUCCCAUUCACAUCUACUCGCAAGCACUGCCAAGCUCCACUCAGUUGCGCAUUCGUCCGCUCAAACUGUCUCGUACUUAUCCACUCUCAGUCGCAUACACACACCCUCAUUGUCAGCCACUGAUAUAGUCAAGCUUACGUUCCUUUAUAUACUGAACGGCACUCACUCAUGUUGACGUUGUCACACUGAGUCACGCCCACGCUCUGGUGCACUCGUGCUCGCCCACAGCCGUACGCGCUUCCUCCAUACUUAAGCAUACCACGUAAUUAAGCCUGAAUCUAAGUUAGUGCCAUUUCACCAGCAUGCGUAAAUGCGUUCGAUUCUGAGUCAGUCUAUGUGAUUACGGGUAGAUAUUGGGGCUUUUUUGAAUGUUGGAUUCUGCAUGAGUUAGCGAGUCUGUAUCUCACACUUGACUACCGCCAUGUUUUGUCAAGUUCGAGAGAAUAAGUUUGAAGCUGAAUUUGGGUGAUCUCUAAGAAUGUGAGCCUGUGUGUUCGCAAAUGGUGUCCGUUAUAUCUGGUAAACUUGAGCAGGGACAUGUGAAAUUUUAUGGCUUUUGAAUCAAAGUUUGAAGGUGUAAGCUGUCCCGUGGUCAAUUGUGUAUCAAAGUUCUUGUGCAGUGCACUUGAGCUAUUUCAUAUGUAUUCCGUGUGCUCCCUGCACUUACGGUGUGCAUGUUUAUGCUAAAAAUACGUACGAAUUGUGAUCAACAGAUGCUUUCCUAUCUAGUAACCGUUCUAUUGAAUUUGCAUAAUGUAUUUUAAGAGGGUGAGAUCUGUUUUUUUUCUCCCUGUGCAAUCAAUCUUGGAGAGCAAAAUCUAAGGUACCUUUAUUUUAAAUUUUUCUUGCUGGAUUGUUCUGUGUUGUUGCAACUUUGUGGUUAUUGUUAAGUGUGUUCGUACCAGCCAUGUUCUUUGUAGGGGGCGUAGACCUUCGGCCCAGCCUGUGAAAAGUUUUUUUUGUCCUACGUUUCCAUCUUGAUGAUGUAAAUAAAUGUUUCUC